AAAAGGCCUAUUUAUUAAAACUAAUUUUACUUCAUCUUAGCACAGACUAAAUUUUAUGUAGAAUUUAAUAAACAUAAAAAUUUAAAAAAAAAAAAAAAGAAUAGAAGAUAUAAAUUGUUUUUAGCCGGACCUCAAAAUGAUGCUUUCCACGUAUAUGCACGAUUAUGUUCCGCCAAACACGAAGCGUUACGAGUUUAUGACCCAUCUCAAGGGCCAUGAUGGAUUUGGUGGCCCAAAAGUCAUCGAGUGCCAGUGUGUUGAGGAGGAUAUUAUAAAACCGCCAACGGAUGUCACCAAAAAUUGUGCGGGCGUUGAGUGGACUGGAAUUGCACCGAUGGGUCGUUUGGUGGAUCCGCGUCUUAUACCCACAGAGCUGGCACAGGAUCAGGUGGAGAAAAUGGCAUUCGCUCCGGAAUCGGAUUGUUUCAAAAUGCAACCGAAUCGUUUUCUCAAAAUCUUGCGUAACAUUUACCCGGAUCUGUACGAGCGUUUGAAAUUGAUGCCCAAGGAGGAGCUUGGUCGCAGAUUGGAAACGAAUCGGAUGUUUACCACCUAUCAAAUCGACUACUGCGAUGUCAACGAAUAUCCGGAGGGCAUCUACGAGAGCAUGAAGCCCACGGAUAAGGCAUCCAAAUUAAAAUCGGACAAACUAAUGACAAACACAGCGCCAUGUUCCGAAUUCCGUUCGGACGUGAUGCGGCAAAUGGAGCGUGAAAAUAGUACAGGAUAUGAGGUACAAGCGGAUGAAUGCGAGCAGGCGUAUAAGCCGUUCAAGACGACCUUCUCGGACUCAUCGCAGUUCGUCAACUCGGGCAACAACUCGCAUUGGAAGGCGGCGUCGAGCACAUUCCGUAAGGUGCCCAACUUUACCGAGUACAUGGACUCGAUCAGUCGCAAUGGCUGCAUCAUAAUGCGCAACAAGCUACACGAUCAUUCCAAGUGCCUGGCGAAUCAUUGCAGACAUGAGAUUCGAUUCAACUGCUCCGAUAUGAAGCCUUAGAGUGGAUCCUGAUUCCCUGACGCUGCAACAGUUUCUUUUUUGGUGUAAAUUAUUCGCUUGUGUCUAUUGAGGUGUUCAAAUUAAAAGUACAGUACAAUCACGAAAA